AACGGGUCCCUUUAAAUCGUCCGUGGAGUGAAGCAGGUGGGUGUUCCCCUGCGCAAUACAGCGCUGUCACUUUUUACGGAAAUUUGAGUCUAGUCCUCGACGCUUUAUCGAAAUGCUGCAGCUGAAUGACAGCGUAGAGCCCGAGAGCCCGGGUGCGGCGGUCUUACACCCGGGGGACUGUGAUGAUGGGCUGGAGGUGGUGGCCCGAGCUGGAGCCUCGGUGGCCUGCUGCACCCCGCUGCAGACCCUCACGCCUUUCCAUGUCCACAACCCAACCAUGCGAGCCAAAGUCAAGGAUUAUUUCGUCUUCAGGCCAGGAACCAUCGAGCAGGCAGUCAAUGAUAUCCGCACGGUUGCCUUGCCUUCAGAAGACGGAGAGGUUCUGAGCGUGUGGCUGCUAGCUGAAAUCGAUCACUGGAACAAUGAAAAAGAGAGACUGGUUCUUAUAACUGAGAGGUCUUUGCUGGUGUGCAAAUAUGACUUCAUAAACCUCCAGUGUCAGCAGGUCGUCAGAAUUUCCCUGAACGCUGUGGACACCAUCUCAGUCGGCGAGUUUGAGUUCCCCCCAAAAUCCCUCAACAAGAGAGAGGGAACCGGUAUCCGUGUCCAGUGGGAUAAGCAGCCAAGACCUUCGUUCAUGAAUCGCUGGAACCCAUGGUCCACAGACAUACCCUACGCCACCUUCACCGAACACCCAAUGGCACACGCAGAUGAAAAGGUGGCCUCCCUCUGCCAGCUUGAGAAUUUCAAGACGCAGCUCGUCCAGGCUGUGAAAAAGGCCCAUAAAGACUUCCCCAUCCCGGGACGAGCCAAUGGCGUGCUGAUACUGGAGCGGCCGCUCCUGAUCGAGACUUACCUAGGCAUCAUGUCCUUCAUCAACAAUGAAGCCAAACUGGGCUACGCCAUGACAAGGGGAAAAAUCGGCUUUUAACUCCUGAAUUCUCCUUCCAUUUCUCUCAUCCUCCAGUCAAGUGCUGUUUUUGAGUGAUACUGCUACACUUGAGUAUGUGAGUCCAGUACAUACUGCUUGUUUUGAUGUAUAGAGCGUGUGAAAUGUGCCAGGCAGUGAGAUGAGUGGUCACUGCAGCAGGAUGUGUCUGGAUGAAGCCCUCUUCCUCUAUUGACGUGGUAAAAAGAGCCUUUCUAACAUGUUCGAAUGGUUUAGAGAUGCAGUGUGUGUGUUACUGGCAACGAUUUAUUGACCAUUGAUCACUUUCGUUUGAAACCUCCCUACAAAUGGUGUCCCCUUCCAGAAGUGCCCUUCAAGGGUGCCAAAAAGCCAUUUGGAAUUCACCCAAAAACUCACAAUGCUUGCCCCGCCUCCGGGGUCUUCUGAUUGGUCCAUUGUUUUGGAACUGAUGUUAAUGAGCUGCGCUGUGUAUAAAACGUGGCGCUCUUGCGAGACACUUCUAAAAUAUUGCAUAUGUUGCAUUCUGAACAUUUACUUGGAAUUGGAAGUCAGUCCAGGCAAGCAUUACCCAAAAGCAUUGUGAGCUAAGUUGAUCAUAAAGACCAAUGUUGGUGAUCUAUAACAUGCAUUUAGAAUAUAGAUUUCCAUUUCAUGCCAACUCAAUAAAUACCAUGAGUUAAAAUGGCGUACUUCAUGAAACACAACCAGAACAAAAUUUCUGGGAAUUUUUCAGUUGAAUGUAUUCCAUGUUCACAAUACAAAACACAACCAAAAAUAAUGUUUGUUUUUUUUAAUGAAUGAUUUGCAUGAAAGUUUGUUCUGUUUGUUUUAAUGAAUGGGGUCCAAUGUGGUCUAAAAGGGUUUUAAAACGUGUCAGAGAAAAACUGCAUGCCUUCUGAACUGCACUACUAUUAAAUAAAAACUAAGACUUCCAUUACGUUAAAUAUAUUUAUUUUCCUCAGGACUGCAGUGCUUUUAUAAGGUUUGAAACUCUUUGAAUAAAGUUGAUUUGGACUGUUACUGAAGUUAACAAUCUAGGUUUUCUUACAUAAAUUAAAUCUCUUCAUCAUUUUAGAAUUAUUUAGAUCUAGACCCUUGGGCCCUUUAAAUUCAAUACAAUCUGCAUUCGUCUUUGCAAAAUGAAACCCCAAAUAAUGUUUCGCAUAAAGAAAAUGAAUCUCAAUUCUCAUUAAUGCAAUGUGGUAAAAAUAUUUUCUUUCUCAUUACUGUAACAAAAAAGUAAUAAAUUCCGUCUGAAAACAAUGACUAUUAAAUCAAUGGAAUCUGAAUUAUUAAAAUCGAGCAGGAUUUAUAUCCCAAACAAUGCGACUAAUAUGAGGUCAAAUUGCAAUUUAUGCAAUGUGUGAAAUAUUUUUUGUAAUACUGAACAAAACCAUAUUGUCAGCAUUAUCUCAUCAGAUAUAACGCUGGCUUAAGGUAACACACCAAAAACCGUGGAAAUAUAGACAGGGGACGUGUCCACAGGAAGUACCUGCCUGACAUGUAUUUUCACACACUGUUCUUAUUUCAAAAUCAAUUCCAGGUCUAAUUGUGGCUGCUGUAAACUCAUGAAAUGUAGCGUACUACUGUUACAUGUGCUUCAUGUACAAGUCUUGCUUGUGUGCUUUAUCCAUAAUUCAUGCCUCAUUUAUUUAACCUAAAGGACAAUGUUUAAGUCCUGCCAUAUUUACAGAAAGUUGAAAUGAAGUUUACCAAGGCAAACAGAAAGUGUAUGUUUGAUGCUGUUUAUUCCUCAGGUGAUGUUGGUCAACAGAUUGGUUUUGUUUAAGGAUGCAUGACACGGCGGGACGUUCUGACCCUGAAGGUUUCCUGCUGUUGAGCGAUUACAGGUUCACAGACUUUUUUCAUGGAAAUGCAAUUUUGUCAGCCAUUUUCUUUUUUUUCUUUUUUUUGUGGCUAUACAUAGAGAAAUAGCUAUAAUAGACGCAUUAUACUGUUUUUGUUUUCUAUAUUUGUUUUAAAUGUAAUGUAAAGUUGUGCAUGAUGGUUAUGCCUGCAACUUGUUAGAUGUACAGUUUGUUAGCCAUAACCUCAAUUCACCAAAAACAAAAUCUAAGCACCUUUUCCUCUGUUUAAAAGCACAUGUAAUUGUUUUUUUAAGUGAAACAUUUUUUGCAUAACAACUCAUCCAUGGUUUGUUUAAAUAGAAUUUUAGAAGUCAUCUUUAAAAUUUGUUGCCUGGAUUUCAACACACUGAUUUCUGCAAUAUAAACAUAAUGCUUUAAGUAAAAUUAUGGUUAUUUUAA